AUGUUCUUGGACCGCAUCAUCUGCGCGGGGGACAUGGGCACGGAGCUCUACUUUGUGGCGGUGGGGGAGGUUUUGCCUGGCAACGCGGAGGAGAAGGGCGUGGUCAUCAAGACUUUGCACGAGGGCUCCUUCUUUGGGGAGUGCGGAGGUGCGGGGUUCACCAUCGAUACCAGCCUAAACGCCUGGUACAUUGGGCUGGGGCUUUUGUUUCCGGACUCCAAGCACAAGGGUCGGUGGUCCGGAAUCGGCCCGGUGGAUUUCUGCGGCAUCGGCCCGGUGGAUUUCUUCUUCACGGGGUGCUUCCGGGUGGACGUCUACGGCGCCACGGCGGGGUGGCUGCUGGUGGUGCCGAGGGGCACCUUGGAGAGCCUCUGCUCCGAGGAGCUGCUGGAGACCUUCCGGCCUUUGCAGAUCUUGAAGCAGGUUGACGAGAACAACGGCUACGAGGAAGUCAGUCAGCAGUCACAACCUGCAGAGAAGCAGCUGGAGGAGCCUCAGAAGAUCCAGCAGCCUGCAGCUCGAGUGAAUUCUCUGCAGAUGAUGGUGUACGAAUACGCAUACCGAGUUUCAGACUUGGAGGACAGAGUGACAUUGGUUGAGCCUUCUGGCCAAAAUCCGGACACCAGUGAAGAUGCAGAUGCAGAACAAGCAGUUCAGGAUAUGCUUGAUCAGGUGAGCAAUCAUGGUGCAACAACACGUGGCACUUCAGAGUUUUUCAGCGGAGAAGGAUUCAGACUGAGCGAAGACUCGCCGGAUGUGACCAGAGCGCAUUUCGUGGAUUUGCAAGAUGGUGAGCUACGACUUGAAAGCUUUUCUGACAUGAUGCACAGAUUGAUGUCACAGAAGGUCAGUCGAGAUGAGGCCUUCCUGGCCUUGCAGAAUCAUGAUGCAGCGAGAAGACGUAGUCGACAGGAGCAGCGGCUUGCGUGCGUGGCCAUCGAGCGCCUUCGGAAGCCGCCCGGCGGUUUGCGCUCAACGAGUGGGGUCCGGCUGACCAGCUCGAAACCCGGGUACUCGGUGGUCGUUGGGCAGCCGGAGAUGGCGGACGGCAUGAUGGAGUGCCCCAAGCCUAAGGACCCCAAGCCGCAGCGCCAGGCGAUCUCCAGCAGAUCCUCGAGCUCUCAAGACACCAGCAGCGAGGAGUGGAAUCCUCACACUGAGGAGACGGAGGUCAACCUGAACGCCGCCGCCGAGAUUGAGCCAGAACCUUCGCAGGUACGACGCAGUCGCAGCCUUUCCUGGGGCCAACUUCGGGAGGGCAUCCAAGGACCGCAGCUGAAGCGGCUCAUGACCUGCCGCACCGAGGUCUUCAGGCGUCCUCACAUUUUCCAGCGCCGCGAUGCUCGAUGCAUCGACCCCUUGAUCGAGCCCAUGGAGCUGGUGAAUACAAUGCACACAGGCGUGGGCCACGCGGGGCGCAGGGCCUCCAUGCGGAUCGCCCAGGAGAGCCAGGAAGUAGGCUCCAAUCACGGCACGCCCCGCAUGCUCUUUGCGCUGCACAAGGUGGAGAAUGGGAUGAACAACUUGCUCACCCGGAUGAACACCAUGGAGAAGUCCAUGAGCUCCAACCGUUCGGCUGAGCCGGUGAAGCCCGGGAAGGCCGCGGAGGCUGGCUGA